CCGCUCCCGUUGGCUGGAAGGCUCCAGGCAGGUAGCGUGGACGCGGUGCUGCCCCCUCCCGAGCUGCGAUCCAGGCGCGUGACGUCUCAGACAUUUGUUGUUGGGCUUUGGGCCUCAUUAAUUAUUCAUUAGGUACUUGAAAGGGCGGCAGUGAUUGGUGGCUGAGAGGCCGGGUCGAUUGUUUCUUAGCUAGAGAUACGUGUCACUCUCUACGCGGCUGCAGAAGUUUCGCAUAAAUUAUCCGAUGAGGGGCGGGGCGGGGCAACGCAUAGAUUAGGCAAAUGAGCCGAGGAGGGAGGAGAGGCCGGCUACGAAUUAGCCUAAGUUAUUAAAGAUGGCGGCGGAGCGGAGUCGCUCCCCGAUGGACUCGCCGGUCCCGGCCUCUAUGUUCGCCCCCGAGCCCAGCUCCCCGGGGGCGGCCAGGGCCGCGGCGGCUGCCGCCCGGCUCCACGGCGGCUUCGACUCGGACUGCAGCGAGGACGGCGAGGCGCUCAACGGCGAGCCGGAGCUGGACCUCACCAGCAAGCUGGUUCUAGUGAGCCCUACAUCAGAGCAGUAUGACAGCCUACUUCGGCAGAUGUGGGAGAGGAUGGACGAGGGAUGCGGAGAGACCAUAUAUGUCAUUGGGCAGGGAUCAGAUGGAACUGAAUAUGGACUGAGUGAAGCUGACAUGGAGGCCUCGUACGCCACAGUGAAGAGCAUGGCGGAACAGAUAGAGGCCGAUGUCAUCCUCCUGCGGGAGCGUCAGGAAGCUGGGGGCCGUGUGCGUGAUUACCUGGUCCGGAAACGAGUGGGAGACAAUGACUUCCUGGAGGUCAGGGUGGCAGUAGUGGGCAAUGUGGAUGCCGGCAAAAGCACGCUUCUGGGGGUCCUGACGCACGGGGAGCUGGACAACGGCCGAGGCUUUGCCCGCCAGAAACUCUUCCGCCACAAACAUGAGAUCGAAUCUGGUCGCACCAGCAGUGUGGGCAACGACAUUCUGGGCUUUGACAGCGAAGGCAACGUGGUAAACAAGCCAGACAGCCACGGCGGCAGCCUGGAAUGGACAAAGAUUUGUGAGAAAUCCACUAAGGUCAUUACCUUCAUCGACUUGGCUGGCCAUGAGAAAUACCUGAAGACCACGGUCUUUGGCAUGACUGGUCACUUGCCGGACUUCUGCAUGCUCAUGGUGGGCAGCAAUGCUGGCAUCGUGGGGAUGACCAAGGAGCAUCUGGGCCUGGCAUUGGCGCUCAAUGUGCCUGUCUUUGUGGUGGUCACCAAGAUCGACAUGUGCCCUGCCAACAUCCUGCAAGAAACCCUGAAGCUGUUACAGCGCCUGCUGAAGUCACCAGGCUGCCGGAAGAUCCCCGUGUUGGUACAGAGCAAGGAUGAUGUGAUUGUGACGGCCUCCAACUUCAGCUCCGAGAGGAUGUGCCCGAUAUUCCAGAUCUCCAACGUUACCGGUGAGAACCUAGAUCUGCUGAAGAUGUUUCUCAACCUCCUCUCCCCGCGCACCAGCUACCGGGAGGAGGAACCCGCUGAGUUCCAGAUUGACGACACUUACUCUGUCCCAGGUGUGGGGACGGUGGUGUCGGGGACAACGCUGAGAGGCCUGAUUAAGCUGAAUGACACCCUGCUGCUGGGCCCAGACCCCCUGGGCAACUUCCUGUCCAUCGCUGUCAAAUCAAUCCACCGCAAGCGCAUGCCUGUCAAGGAGGUGCGGGGGGGCCAGACGGCCUCCUUUGCACUGAAGAAGAUCAAGCGCUCGUCCAUCCGCAAGGGCAUGGUGAUGGUUUCCCCACGCUUGAACCCCCAGGCGUCCUGGGAGUUUGAGGCCGAGAUCCUCGUCCUCCACCACCCCACCACGAUUAGUCCGCGCUACCAGGCCAUGGUUCACUGUGGGAGCAUCAGGCAGACGGCCACCAUUCUGAGCAUGGACAAGGACUGUCUGCGCACCGGGGACAAGGCCACCGUGCACUUCCGUUUCAUCAAGACCCCUGAGUACCUGCACAUAGACCAGCGGCUGGUGUUCCGGGAAGGCCGCACCAAGGCUGUGGGCACCAUCACCAAGCUCCUCCAGACCACCAACAACUCCCCGAUGAACUCGAAGCCCCAGCAGAUUAAGAUGCAGUCAACGAAAAAGGGCCCCCUGGCCAAACGAGAAGAGGGGGGCCCCUCUGGGGGGCCAGCAGUAGGGGCGCCCCCACCUGGAGAGGAAGCUUGCUCUCUAGGGACCUCGCAGCCGGCUCUGUCCAGCGGCCUCCAGGCACAGGCCCUCCCGGCGGAGGAGCUCCCGUGGGGAAUGCUGGCUGCGCCUCCCUAAGCCCCCGGCUCUGGAGCAGGGCAGGGGCGGGAGGAGCCCAGCUUCUCCUCUCGGGAUGCGUGGCUUCAGAACCCGGGCUCCUCUGCCGGCUGUGACAUGGGACAAGCUGCCAGUCUUCUCUGAACCUCAGUUUCCUCACCUAGAGCGGGAGGUAAACACACACCGGGGUCGCGGUGGGUGUGAGGAUUCCGUGAGAGAACGGAUGGUGAAGCUCUGACGUGCCCGGCAUGGGAGGGGGAGCGGGGGGGUGCCCAGUGAACGGUCCCCGCGCUGCCUACCACUGCGCCAGCCCCCACGUCGGCAGGGCGAGGGGCAGGCGCGGGAGGAGAAGUGUGGUGUUGACGUGUCUCUGUGAUGUGGCUGUGCUGUGCCGGAUGUCCCCUCACUCGUUGGAUUUCGAAGCUACUAAGUAGGAAAGAGGCGGUGUUGCAGUUUUCUGGUCAGGAAACCAGCGCAGAGAGCGGUGCUGCUGGCAGGCACGGUCGUGCCCGCGCCGCCCCCUUCGCAGGCAGCUGCUCCGCCCCGUGCCCUUGGGCCCCUUGCCCGGUCCUCUGUGGGGUGUUUCCCUUCUUGCUUUUUGACUCUGGUUCUGCUCACAGGGGCUGCUGCCCACUGGUGCCUUCCUAAGAGGAGGGCUCUGGCCUCGAGCUCCCCCCCGGCUCCCCGUCCCCAUGCAGGUGCCGUGGCCUCCGUGCCCACAAGACUGCUUUAGGACGGCACCUCGUUUUGCCUGAACUCUUUUGCCCCGAAGAGCAUAACCACUUUACUUCUGGAAGCCGUGGCCUCCGCCCUGGCCUCUGCCAUCCGACACUCGGGAGGUUGGUCUGGAUCUGUGGUCGCCAGGCCCGCACCUGCCAGCGGGGGCUACCGGAUCCGGGGUUUUACUGUCAUUAGCAGGGACUCCAGAGGUCCCCUACGGGUCUCAGCCCUACCAACUCUCACUUUGGAACACAACACCAGCCCUUUUGUAGAUGACAAAGAAUAAAGUUGUUAACUGAUCAUCUCGAA